AUGAAGACAAUGGCACGCAGUAUCGUCGCACUCUUCAUGGCAACUUCCGCUACGGCGCAGAAUAUGUCGUUCGGGGCCGACAAUUUCUACCGCAGCAACAACGUGACUAUUCAGCCAAUUAGCUUCCCGAGCCAAUAUCAGACGACUGUCGCGGGCAACCUUUUCUUUCUCAAAGACCUCAAUUGUAGUUCAGAUUGUCCAGCUAUUGUCAUCGGCCACCCCAUGGGUGCCGUGAAAGAACAGAGCGCAAAUCUCUACGCCACAAAGUUGGCCGAGCAGGGUUUCGUCACAGUCUCAAUCGACAUUCCAUUCUGGGGCGCCAGCGAAGGUGAGCCGCGCAAUGGGGUGUCUCCCGACCUCUACGCAGAGGCAUUUAGCGCUGCUGUCAAUUUUCUCGGUACUCAAAACUUCGUCGAUCGCGAGCGGAUCGGCGGCCUCGGUAUCUGUGGCAGUGGUUCCUUCGUAAUCAGCGCGGCGAAGCUCGACCCGCGCCUAAAAGCCAUCGCCACGUCGAGCAUGUACAACAUGGGAGCACUGUCCCGCAAUGGGCUACAACAUUCGCAAAGUGUCGACCAGCUCAAGGCAAUAAUUGCCGAGGCGGCUCAGCAGCGCUGGACGAAAGUCGACGGCGGCGAGGUCCAGUACACCAGUGGCACCCAGAACCACCUCACGGCCAAUUCUACUGCGAUCCAGCGAGAGUUCUAUGAUUACUACCGCACCAAGCGCGGCGAAUUCACGCCUGUUGGCUCUACACCAGAGCUCACUACCCACCCCACGCUCUCCACAUUCACCAAGUUUGUGAACUUCUACCCGUUUAGCGGCAUCGAGACGAUCUCACCACGACCGAUGUUGUUCAUCUCGGGUGACCAGGCACACUCCCGCGAGUUUAGUGAAGAUGCCUUUUCGCGUGCUGGGGAGCCAAAGGAGCUUUUCUGGGUGCCGGGUGCUGGCCACGUCGACCUUUACGAUCGCACCGAGCUUAUCCCAUUCCAAAGACUCACCGACUUCUUUCGUACAAGUCUAGUGUGA